AGAUUUGACCACCUCCAGCACUCAGCGCUGAAAUCCCCAAUCCUCAAACACACACAGCUUUUUCUCAUGAUCUCAUUUCCAAGUUAAGCAGACUCUGUUAGUCCCUCGUCAACACGACAGGUUUACUCGCCUUUACUAAUGGCCCUCUGUACUGAUAGUUAUGCUCUUGCGUAAAUAUGGAGUCAAAUAGAUGUACCACUACUGACACGUGGCUGGCACCGGACUGCAGCCUCACCUUGAUGUUUGUGUCAUACAAAUACUGUACAGGCUGCGGGGAUUAGAGGGCCCCUGCAGACCGGGGCCUGGCCGUCUAACACAACAUACCGGUAGAUUAAAACAUAAUAACUUCCAAAUGAUAGAGGGGAAAAGCGCAUCAUUACGCAUACUCCAAAUGCUCCAAAUUGGGUUGAAUGUAGAACUUGAUCUUAAUUUAGCGAAUAAAAGGUGAGUCACUAAGAAAAUUUGUCCCCACAGCAUCACUGUAUAUCGUGGCUUUAAAUGUUUGUCGUCUCUUUGGUGUCAAAAUCACAAAAUAAAAUACGCACAAAUUCCACCCCUUUCUUUAAUGCUUCGUGUCCGAAAAUAUAAAACUGCUUUUUGUGCAACCAACAGCAGAGAAAGUAGGACACAAUAGCCGAGAGAGGGCGCUCUAAAGCUUUGCGAGGCAUAUUCAACUUCAAUUAAAACAUUUAGAAACAGUCAUACAGAGGUUCAUAAAAGUAAAGCAGGAAUAAAUAUUGACCUUACGACAAAAAUCAGUGAAACUAAUGUCAAACAUUUUACACAUUUGAACAGAAACAAAUAUUUUUUGAUUAAAAUCACAACAUUAAAAGCCUGGAUAAAGGGAUCUGUCUCUUAACUGCUUAAAAUAAGCCUUUUAAAAAAACUGAAAUCAUUUUCAGGAAGCUUUUUUAUACUUACAAUAUGUCCACCGUACACAUGCAGGCCUGCAUUAGGCGCAUAAUCAAUAUCUAUUGCAGGUUUGGACUGGCGUUUAAAUGCAGAAUAAUAAUAAUGAUAAUAAUGACACAGUUUAAAUGAUACCUUGAUAUUUGUGUGCAAAAAAAACAAAAAACAAAGCAACACAGUCCUGUAUAAUCUGACAUUAUCAGUCAAUAAGUGCAUUUUCUGACAUUACAGUGAGCGCAAAGAUCAGACUUUAUUCAAAUACAAAAACGCAGUGGUGUUCUCGGGUGUUUUGGUGUAAAAUGAUAGACAGCUGUAUUUGAGCUCAGGCGAUAAAUUCCUUGAAAGCAUCUCAGUAAAAUGUUUCAUGAGUUGGAGUGGAAUAUACACGUUGGAGGAUGUGCGUAAAGAAAAGCACAGCAAGGAGGAGCGCCAAACAUUCCUUUUAUGGCUCUUUUUGACUCGGCCAAAAUACAAUAAGAUUAGUUUAUAAUGAAGCUUUUCAUAAGAAACUGUUCUUUUCACUCAGUGCAGGUGUACAAUUGGGGCUGGGGGGAGGGGGAGCCUGAGGAGUCUCACGCCUAGGUGCGAGGAGAUUAUUCAAAUAGGGCCCAAGGCGUAGAAGUAGGGAUUGGAGGCUUGCCUAGCGCACAGAGCUAUAUCACAGCGUUAACAGGCAGCACGGAGCGUCAUUUCAACUCCAGUCACUGACAGACGCAUCUCACGGCUGCCUUCAUAAGACACACAUGCGCCAGUCCUCGACGAAGGGACACACCGACGACCCACAUACACUCAGUGGUCCCCAGUCACCUGCUAUUAGAGACACUUUCGGUUUUUCCUCUGCUGGGAGACGCUUUGUAAAAGUCCUCCAUGAUGCUCGGAGCAGUUAAAAUGGAAGGACACGAACACACCGACUGGAGCACCUACUACGGAGAGCCCGAGGUGGGUACCUUAAAUAUAUAUUUUUUUCCGUCUAAAGCCGAUCCCAUUUUAUACAACUCAAUAUUAGCCCUGAGAUAAUAUUAACUUUGUGAUCAAAUAUUGACUUGAGGCGCCUCCAAAUCCUCCCCCAUCUCCACGCAGCGCACUAUCCUAACAAAGUUGCUUGACAUAUAGGGGGAAACUUUUAACUCGGAUGAUAAUUUCAUAAAUCUUUACGUAUCUUUACUUAAUCACAUUAUUUUUUUGUCUUGUUUCUCCUCUACAAACACCUGAGCUGUUUGAUUUUGAGGAGAUGGAUUCAAAUAUUUGUGCUGCAGUCGCUCUUUCGUGUGAGAGCACAGCCAUAAAAAGUGUCAGCGGCGGCACUGUACAUUUUUGACGGGUUGUUGAUCUAAAUUUCCUCGCCAUAGCAGUGACACUCGAUCUACUGUCAAUCAGAUUAAACAUUUUAUUUUAAUUUAGAGCAUUUUACUCUAGUGCUGGAGAAAAUGAGUCCGCUGAGGAGAAAAAAACAUACUUGUGCGUAUUUAAAUGGAAGUAGCCGAAUUGUAAUCCGCUCUGAAUUUAUGUAGUUAUUUAAUAUUUUUAAAUAUCUAAAUAAAUACAAACUCUGUGUUAGUUUUUACAGCUGAUUUAGUUCUUCGCUGUCACUCUUUGUGCCAUCUCACUGAUGAUCGCCUCUCUCCCCUCUGACAGUGUUACACCUCGGUUGGCAACAUGAACACGGGCCUGGGAAUGAACUCUAUGAACACCUACAUGAGCAUGUCCGGCAUGAACACCACCGCCAACAUGACGGCCAACUCCAUGAACAUGUCAUACGUCAACACGGGUAUGAGCCCCUCCAUGACCGGCAUGUCACCGGGCACCGGGGCUAUGAACGGCAUGGGUGCAGCAGGCAUGACGGCCAUGAGCGCAGCGCUGAGCCCCAGUAUGAGCCCCAUGACGGCGCAGCCUGCGUCCAUGAACGCGCUGACAUCCUACACCAACAUGAACGCCAUGAGCCCCAUCUACGGACAGUCCAACAUCAACAGGUCCAGAGACCCCAAGACCUACCGCAGGAGCUACACGCACGCCAAACCGCCAUACUCCUACAUCUCCCUCAUCACCAUGGCGAUCCAGCAGUCCCCCAGCAAGAUGCUGACUCUGGCCGAGAUCUACCAGUGGAUAAUGGACCUCUUCCCUUUUUACCGGCAGAACCAGCAGCGUUGGCAGAACUCCAUUCGCCACUCUCUUUCCUUCAAUGACUGUUUCCUCAAAGUACCCAGGUCUCCGGAUAAACCCGGCAAAGGUUCCUUUUGGACUCUUCACCCGGACUCCGGAAACAUGUUUGAGAACGGCUGCUACCUGCGGAGGCAGAAGCGCUUCAAGUGCGAUAAGAAGACCAUGAAGGAUUCCGGCCGUAAAGGCGGGGACGGCGGCUCCUCCAACAGCAGCUCCGAAAGCUGCAACGGCAACGAGUCCCCGCACUCCAACUCGUCCUCCGGGGAGCACAAAAGAUCCCUGUCGGACAUGAAGCCGGGCCAGGCCUUGAGCCCGGAGCACACCGCCGCCUCCCCGGUGUCGCAGGGGCAGCACCUCAUGUCUCAGCAUCACUCAGUCCUGGCGCACGAAGCGCACCUGAAGCCGGAGCACCACUACUCCUUCAAUCACCCGUUCUCCAUAAAUAACCUCAUGUCCUCGGAACAGCAGCAUCACAAAAUGGACCUAAAGACUUAUGAGCAGGUGAUGCAUUACUCCGGCUACGGCUCCCCCAUGGCCGGGGCGCUUUCCAUGGGCUCCAUGGCGGGUAAAGCCGGUCUGGAUUCUUCCUCCAUACCUGACACGACUUACUACCAAGGCGUGUAUUCCCGGCCGAUUAUGAACUCUUCAUAAAUGAACUCUUUCCCCUCCACUCUCCGUGGACUCUCUUCCCCUGAAAUUUGUACAUUUGUAAAAAAAAAUAUAGAGUUUGUGUACAAUAUGUAUUUCAGAUAUUUUUGACGUUUGCCACCGUUUUAGUUGUCGAGUUUGUUAGUAGUCUAAUUAUUUUGAGAGGAUGUUGAUAAUGAUAUUGAUAAUAAUAAUGAUAAUAAUAAUAAUAAAAGUAACGAUAAUGUGACGAGAUCUGUUCAGAAGUCGGCUUCAGGAAUGGACCCAAAGACCAACAAUAACUUGCUGUAAAAUAUUCCACAUCUGCAUCCCUGGAUUCCUAAAUGCAUUUAAAUGCCUCACAGGAUUUCUUCAAUCAUUUGUGUAAUUCUAUUUAUGGCUUGUAUAUGUGUAUUCUUGUAGUGACAAGAACAGAAUCUAUAUUAAAGUGUUAUUGGUUUUGUUUUCUGAAAAUCAA